AUGAGAAAAAAUAAUUUAUUUUACAAUAGAUUGCUAGAACAAGUCAGGUUAAGAAAUACAUCGAUAAAUCAAAUAGAGCGUGAACUCGGUUACCCAAGAAAUGCACUUCAUAAUUAUAAAUUAGGAAGGGAGCCAUCAGCUACUAGACUUGUAGAAUUAGCCAAUUAUUUUGAUGUUUCACCUCAAUAUUUAAUUGGUGAAAAUAAUGAAAUUCCCGAAAGAAGUUUAGAAAUAUUCUUUAAGAAACUAUCUAUCAAGGAUAAAAAAGAAAUACUACGACCUUAUGGUUCGAUAUUUGCCCAUGAAGCUGCAAAACAUGGUAAAAAAUCAUUAAUUGUUGAACGUCGUUCUCAUAUUGGUGGAAAUAUGUAUACUCAUAAGGAACAUGGAAUCAAUGUCCAUGAUUAUGGUGCACACAUUUUCCACACUGAUAAUAAAAUGGUUUGGGAUUACGUCAAUCAAUUUACAGAGUUUAAUAAUUAUAUUAAUCAAGUUGUUGCGAAUUAUAAAGGGGAACUUUAUAAUCUUCCUUUUAACAUGAACACUUUUUAUCAAAUGUGGGGGGUAAAGAAUCCAGAAGAAGCGGCUGUUAAGAUUGAGGAACAGAAGGAAAAAGCAGGAAUUUCAGGAAUCCCUAAAAAUCUAGAAGAACAAGCAAUUAGUUUGAUUGGGACUGAUAUCUAUCAUAAACUUAUUAAAGGUUAUACUGAGAAACAGUGGGGACGUAAAGCUACUGAGCUCCCCUCAUUCAUCAUCCGCCGUCUUCCGGUUCGCUAUACGUUUGAUAAUAAUUACUUCAAUCAUCGUUAUCAAGGGGUCCCAGUUGAUGGUUAUACUGCAAUCUUUGAUAAAAUGCUUGAUUCUGACCUUAUCGAUGUUCAAACAGGCGUAGAUUUUUUCAGUGAUAAAGAAGUAUUUUUAGAAGAAUUUCCAAAAAUUGUUUAUACGGGAAUGAUUGAUCAGUUUUUUGAUUAUUCUUUUGGAGAACUGGAGUAUCGUUCUGUACGCUUCGAAACAGAAAAUGUAAAAUCUAACAAUAUUCAAGGAAAUGCGGUUAUCAAUUAUACUGAUGCAGAAACGCCCUAUACUCGUGUGAUGGAGUGGAGACAUUUCGAUAAAAAAGCUGACGAGGGAUAUACGAUUUUAACGAAAGAGUAUCCUCAAAAUUGGGAUCGUAACUAUCAAUACUACGACAUGGAUCAGGUCUUUGGAGUGGCUUUAAAGGCGGUUGAGAAAGAAGUUGCAUCUUUUAGAUGA